GCCAAGGACGCGGUGGUUCUCGUCUGGCACCCGAGGCUGUGGUGGUGGUGGUGGCACUCCCAGCUGUGUGUGGCACUGGCACUAGCUAGUAGCCCCGUGCCGUUGUUGGGUAGGCGUGUAUUUGGCGUCAUAUUUCUCGCACUGAUAUGAUGAUGAUUAUAAUGAUGCAGUGAUUUUAUAAUGCAGGAAAAAUGUCAUGACAUGGGACUGUAAAAUGGAACGUGUGCAGAGAUAAAAAAAGAAAAGAAAAAAGAAUGCGGAUGAGUGUCAUUAUUUGAAAACAUAACUGUAACAGGACAGCAAUAUCUUCAAAAUGGAAAGACAACAGUCGAAGUGAGAGUCAUUAUAAACGUCAAAGUGAGAAUCAUUAUAAAGAAUACAAAACCUCAGAGCAUAUAGAACUUUACUGUUUGUGAGGGUCGUUACUGAAGGCUUCGUGUAAGGGCCAACGUUCCUGCUGUUACUGCUGCUGGUGGUACUGGCGAUGGAACCACAACUGCUGGUCCACCAUGCGAGCUCGGUCGGUGCAGCUGGUGACAUCAUGGUGGGUGGUGGGCGUGUGGGCAUUGUUGGGGAUCACCACGGGCGUGAUCAGUGUGGUGACAGUCCUUCAGCCCUCCUGGUACGUCAGGUACUCUCUCCUCCACGCCCAGGAGGCUCACGGCGUUGUCUUCCAGGUGGUGGUGUCGUCUGUGGGUCCGCUGGGCUUUUGUCGCCUGGCAGCAGUAGACACCAGCCACGUCUCACACACUGACGCUUCAUUCAACAGACCACCCCCCUCACGAGUCCAUAAACCUGACGAAGGGAUGACCUCCAGUCCCGCUUCAGUAUGGACCUUUGAGGUAUCGGAUCCCCUAGAUGACACCUCGACAAACCCUGAAAUGUUGAGCACAACGUCGUUAAAAGGACCCUUUCAGACAUCAAGGUUACCCGAUGAAUCCUUGCAAGAGUGGCCGCCUUUGGGAAUCCAUCACACAACAUUAUCCGUCGGGAGUGUCCAUUUGGGUCACACGCUCCCAGUCCCGUCUCCCACCAAGGGAGACGGGGCUGACGUGAGCAGUGAUGAAGGGGAGCUGCCUGAGGGUUUCGGGGCCUCCAGGAACACAGAUAAGGAGGUUACAAACGAGGCUCACGACACAGACAACAUUCUUUUCCAUGUGACUGAAACUUAUGUGAAGGUCGUUAAGGAGGAAAGAGAUAACGAAAGUAUAUUACAAUCUCUGGAGGAAGAACUAGAUUUAGGUGUUGUCACGGGGAUGAAAGAAGAACGGGUUAUACUAAAAAAUGAAUAUGCCAACACCGCUCCGGGGAGAAAUACGACCCGCCAUAAGCAGGAGGGUGAGGUUGGUGGCCAGGAUGUUGAUAAUGACACAGGAUUAACUCGUGUGAACAUCAAGACUACCCUGAGCCAGAUUAUAGAAAACAAAAACGUUACCGAGAAGAAGAAUAGAAAGAGAAAAAAUAAAAACAAAAAGAGGAAGAAAAAGAAUAAAAGGCCAAAGCCAAAAAAGGAAAGAACCAAGUUAAAGAAGGCUGACCGAGGGAAAGGGAGUGUAUCAGGAGACAGACAAACAAACAAUAAACCCGAGCAACCAAACGCUCUCCAACAUAUAACAAACAGCAGCAAUGUCCAGCAGCUUAUUGCAGAGUUGCUAACUCAGUCGGAGGACGACAGGCGUUACCAAGACAAUGCUGACGAGGACUACCACCCACGCCUGCCCAUCCUAGUGUGCUCGGGUGUAGGCGUGGGCUCUGGGUCCUCGGCGGUGUGGGUGCUGGUGGGUGUGGUGUACGGGGUGGCAGGGGUGGUGCAGGUGAUUGCAGGUGUAGCUUCUCUGGCCCUUAACGCCACACAGGUUCACACCAGACGAUACACGGUGGCCCUAUGGGUGGGCAAUGUGCAGGUGGCUGUGGUUAUGUCCCAGGGGGUGGCGCUGGUAUUGUUCCCCUUGGGCCUGGGGUCCCCUUUGGCGCGAGGGGAGUGUGGAGGGUCGUCUUCGGUCUACUGGUCGGGAGAAUGUAGUUUUGGAUGGUCGUACAUGCUAGGGAUCGUGGCCACCACCCUCGCCGCCUACUGCCCUUGUCUAGCACGACUCACCAUCUUCAGGAGAUACGCUCUCAAAGAAUGGGAGAGCAUCAACUUCUACUGAGGGAUGACCUGCAAGUGUCUGAGGUACUGAGUAUGCAUGACAAACGAUACUGGAUUCUGUUUUGGAAGGUAAAGGGAUCCAAGAUAUGGACGGAAAUGAUAUACGCCAUCCUGGAAGUAUUUGGAAGGACCUCGAAGAUGCAGGAAUGGCCUUCAGAGACGGUCAAAAUCCUAAAAAAAAUUCUAAGGUUAAGGAUCAACAUUUUCAGAUCUCAUGAAUGAAAACGAGACCUAAGGGAUUGUAGAAGUGUAUGGAACGGCGUCGGACGCGGAAAAAGCUGUAUUUUCUCCUGGAGAUUGGAAGUGCCUAAGAAAUCACAAGCAAGAACCAGAUCCAGAGCGUCUUGGAACUGUCUAAUAAGUGCGGAAAGAACACUUAACAUUGUCCUAAAGAUGCAAGUCUUGGAAAUACUCUAGAUGUCUAAGGAGUACAAGAUCUUCAAAGACUGGAAGAUCAUUCAUUUUCCUCUUGGGCUCAAAGCUUGAGAGAAGCUACGAGAAAGUGAGAGAGCCAUUGUGUCCUAGAUGUAUCCGACUAGUACUAAGGGUGCAAAGCAGGUCCUAAGAGACAGAAAGGCCAAUGGUUCCUUUCUUUAAAAUGUUAAGUUGUGGAAGAUAACACUAUCCACCAGCUCAAGUUUCUUUUAAUCAUUAUGUUCUGAUAGGAUAGAUUAGGUUGAAUUAGGCCUCGUUAGGGUAAAUUAGACCAGACUAGGUUAGAUGACGUUAGCAAAGGCUUCGUUAGCGUAUUAGCUUAAGUGGGAUAUUAUCCAACAGCCUCGAUGACCCAGACAUUGUAAUUCACGAUACAGAGCUUCUCGAAACGAUGAGACUUAGUACCUCACAAUGAUAUUCUUUAGUCUCUCUUCUCUAGUAUAAAACAGAUACAUAUGACUUACAGUGAGUACAAUAUUUAGAAACCAAAUAUACAUCAAACUUUUGUCAGUAAGAUGUUUUAUUUGCAGAACAGAUGAUCAUCAUAAGCAACGUGAAACAGUAAUGAUUCACUGUCUUGUUUUACGAGUAUUGCUUUGUACUCUUAUUUAUUCACGCACAGAUUAUCUCUUUCUACGUUUAUGUAUUCAUCUAUCUGUCUAUCUUCUCCUCUUUCCUCACCGCCCCCCCCCCCGCUCUCUCUCUAUCUGAACACUGUACAGGAGUAAGAAUCCUCAGCUGAAGGGUCAUUUGUACUCAGGAUGCUUAACAUUUCACCUCUCAUAUUUUAGAUUAUUUUAUUCUGAUUUAUCCAAUGUUUUUCUUGUAUUUACCUGGUCAUUUAUAGUAUAAGGGAUUUGAUUCGUUCAUUCCCGGGAUAUUUACAGGAAUCUCACUGCACAAAAACUCAGGCCGUUAUGUACAACGAUUCUGUUAGCCAGUAAAUGGUGCGGCCAUUAUUAUUAUUCAGGUUUGUUUUCCAAGAAAUUGGCAUAUCCUACAUCCUUUCUUAAACACACACACACACAUAUAAUAUAUAUAUAUAUAUAUAUAUAUAUAUAUAUAUAUAUAUAUAUAUAUAUAUAUAUAUAUAUAUAUAUAUAUAUAUAUAUAUAUAUAUAUAUAUAUAUAUAUAUCAUGUAAAUCUACAAAGGAAACGUGGAUAAAAUAAAUCUUGAUAAAAUCACACAGGAAAAAGGGAAACAAUGGAGGACCUUAGUUUUCGUCUUUAUUCAAGACCACUAUGCCCCAGUCAUAACAGGAUUAUAUGUAACCCAAACUUAAUCCCAUCCUUUAGGAUUGGGGUUCAGACCAAACAGGCUCCAGUCCUAAUGAAUGGGCCGGAUUCGGUUGAGGCCUAUUAGGUCUGGGGCGACAGUUGUCCAGUUGAUGUGCAACUAUAUAAUACAGCCUAUGUUACCUGUGUCACCCAGUACAGCCUUAUUCUCUCAUCCAUGAUUCACGUUCUUGAAAGCUCAACUAGUUAACGAAAUACUUCACUAAUCUGUGUAUUCUGCUUUACUAAUAAACAUAGUAAAUGAGA